UGGUUGCUUCCCUGCCGGAAUUCCAGCUCUAUCCUAACACGCGUCUCGUUGCACUUGUCGAAGUUUAUUGUGACGACGACGCUUAGUUUUUUAAUCUUGUUUGGCACUUUCAAUCGACUAUUUUCUUUAAAAAUUACCUUUUCUAAUUAACUUAGAAGUUUUUUAAGGUAAGCAGCCCUACUUUGCAAAGAACGAAAGCUAAAUGGAGACUUUUCCGCUACUUCACAAUAUUGCGGAAAUGAACAGAAAAUUAGUGCGCUAAGUAGACACCGAUUUGCAUAAUUGCACGGAAGCUGUUAGAUCCAAUUGCCCUUUUAAUCCCGUCGUCUGAAAAACCGCACUUUCCGAAAAUGAAGAGGAAAAAACAGCUGCACAAUAGGAUGAACUAAUAAAAGAGUAUCGAUUGUUUAACUAAUACACGAAGCCCCAUGCAAUAAAUCCACGUGUUAUAUAAACUCAUUCAUAUGCGGAGUGAUGUAUUAAAGAUACGUAAAAAGACUCUUUCGAGAAAAAUUCACUUGGUUAAAUGAAAAUGAAGGCAAGUGCAAUUUAAAAAUGUCUCUCGAGCCCGUAGUGUGAUGCCUACAGAAAAACCGACGACGAAUCAACGGUCGUUUCUAAAUCGGGCAAGAGGGAAGUUUUGGAAUUGGAUUCGCAAUUUAGGCCAUCAGAAUGACGGCCUCUCUGAUACCAACAAUGUUGAAGUUCGCUUGGAUGAUGAGUGCGCGAAGGUGUUUGGAAUGGACAAUGACGGACUCCAACGUUUCGACGUUGAAAGCCUGCACGAUGAUCUAUCCAACUCUAACGAGCCAAAGAAUUACGGAGAGAAGGAGUUUAACUUACAUCGAACGGAAAGCUACCCCCAUCCUCAUGCCUCCCUAAAGCCAUCGAGAUCAUCAUUGAAACGUCAAACUACGACGUCGUCACAUAUCAACACGAAUUUAACACCCGUAGACGCCCCCAUGACAAUUCCAAAAUCUCCGAGUUCGACAACGAAAAUUCUCUCCCCCUCAUCCGACACACCUCCCAGUAUUGGCUCGCCCAUUUUCCACAUUACCGACUCCGAUCAAACGGUGCACUACGCGCCGUUUAAUUUUAACGACGACGAUGAUCUCACCGCAAUUAGCUCGGAAUCUGAAUGCAUUCUUUCCGAUCCAGGUGGGUAUAGGAGCCCUCCCGAGUACACGCCGGACAGGAAGGUUCAAUUUGUUAACGGCGAGAAGACCGCCGAAGAGAUGUCGCCCGUUAAGGAACGUAGGCGUAGAGGGAGUCGACACUCAAAAUCUCGAAAAUACUCGCUUCAAGACAGCUCCACAAAAUCAAAUGCGCACCCGAAAAAUCGCAGAGUUUCCACCCAACCUGAGGACUUACGGCUCAAGGGAGCCGACCGUGACCAAUUGGACAGUCAUCGUUCCGACGACCCGAAAGCCUUACGCCGACACAGGACGUCGAGACCGUCGAUUGUUCACAUCGGAAGAAAGGAUGGAAUGGAUAACUUCCAAGCAGCCCUUAUGAAGAAAAUGUAUGACCAUAGCCCACACGCGAUUUUCGUGCAAUUAGACGAGUUGUUUGGCGGUAAUGAGGAUCGCGAGUGGAAGGAGACGGCGCGAUGGAUUAAAUACGAAGAGGACGUGGAGGAGGGUGUGGAUAGAUGGGGCAAGCCGCACGUCGCUUCCUUGAGUUUUCAUUCGCUUUUGAACUUGCGAAAGUGUUUAGAAGAAGGUUUGGUAAAUUUGGACAUGGAAGAGAAGGAGUUGCCCGGAAUCGCGUAUCGAGUUUGCGAAGACCUAUACAAAGAAGACUUGAUACGCGAGGAAGACAAAGCACCACUGAUGAGAAUUUUAUUACUUAGACAUCGACAUGUUAACGAACACCAUGACAGGGGUUUCCGGUUUAGCAGAAAGCAGAGCUAUACUUCUUUGCAGUCCCAGUGGCUGGAAGAGAAUGGCAUUUCAAACAGACCUUCUCGUUGUUCCGUAUGUUUAACACAAGGUCCUCUGUGCCCUCAGCAUUUAUUACCUCGUCACUCAAUUUCUUCCUACAUACAAAACCUUUCCGACGCGGAGAAGCGAAAAGCCAGCUAUCAAAUCGACGUCCCUUUCGGCUCCAAAAAGAUUGGACGAAACGUAGAGUCCGAAGGGCAUUUGUUACCAAAUAAUCACACGUCCAUAGACAUGAAAGAGGAAAUGUACACCAUCAGCAGCGAAGAUAUGAAGAAAGCCCAGAACGAUCCCAUCCUCAAGCGAAUUCCUUCCGACGCCCAAAGCACCAGCGUGCUCGUCGGGGACGUUGAUUUUUUGGAGCAACCCGCCAUCGCCUUUAUCCGUUUAGCCGAAGCAGUCUACAUACCAUCACUGAUCGAAGUUAACAUCCCAGUGCGUUUCAUCUUCAUACUGCUAGGUCCGAAGGGAGCCAACCUCGACUAUCACGAGGUAGGGCGGUCGAUAUCGACUCUGAUGGCGAACCACGAGUUUCAUAAUAUCGCCUACGAGGCGUACAAUCGUAAGGCGCUCCUGUCGGCGAUUAACGAGUUUUUGGACGACUCGAUCGUAUUGCCGCCGGGCGAUUGGGAACGGCAGGCGCUUCUUCCAAUCGAAGAAAUCAAAGCGAAAAGCGAGCGCAUACGUAAACGCAAAGAGGACGCCUUAAAGAAGGCCGUGGGCGAGGUAGCGAAACCGAUGUUGGUAAGCGACGAUGGCGGUAAGAAGCCCCCAUUUCCGAAUCCGUUGGAGAGAACUCGAAGACCUUUCGGCGGUCUGAUUAACGACCUGAAAAGGAGGUACCCGUUUUAUUUGUCUGAUCUUAAAAGCGGGUUGAAUCCCCAAUGCGCGGCAGCUGCUCUGUUUAUGUAUUUCGCGGCGCUUUCCGGUGCCAUAACCUUUGGUGGUCUAAUGAGUGAUAAAACACAGAAUCUCAUCGGAGUAUCAGAAACUCUUGUGGCAACUUCGGUCGCCGGACUAAUCUUCGCUCUUCUGGGUGGACAGCCGCUUGUGAUUGUCGGAACUACUGGACCUCUACUGCUGUUCGACGAGAGUUUGUAUCAGUUUUGCAAGAGCAGCGGCAUUGAUUACUUAACAAUUCGAUUUUAUAUUGGCAUAUGGCUGGGAGUAAUUGCGUUGCUGGUUGCUUCUGUUGAGGGUAGCGUCUUUGUGAAGUGGUUUUCGAGGUUCACAGAGGAAAUUUUUUCGGCUCUUAUUUCUCUAUUGUACAUUGUGGAGAGCGUGAUGAAUUUAGUAUUGGUGUUCACUCGUCAUCCUCUACGUGGGACUUACUACAACCUAAACAAUCUAAUGCAGGAGUUAAACGAGACCGUGUAUAACUCGACAACAGAUAACCUCUUUGCAAGAAAUGUAAGUGAGCUUACUGCUAUCAUCAAGAAUUCAUCAGUUCCUCCAUCCGUGCCAUUGUAUGACUCUAUUGGACCCCUCAACCAACCAAACACCGCGCUGCUAUGUACCAUCUUAUCAUUGGGGACGUUUGCCAUCGCCUACUAUCUGCUACUGUUUCGAAAUAGUCAGUUUUUGGGUCGCAAUGCUAGAAGAGCGCUGGGCGAUUUUGGCGUUCCGAUCGCUAUAGUAAUAAUGGCUUCGCUCAAUUACUUCGUUCCCAAUACUCACACGCAGAGGCUUACCGUUCCGAAAGGUUUUACUCCGUCCAAUCCAGAAGUGCGCGGGUGGUUAGUCGACCCUAAAGGCACGCUACAACCGAUCGAAUUGUGGGUUGCCUUCGCUGCAGGCGUUCCGGCUCUGCUCGUUUACAUUUUACUGUUCAUGGAAACGCAUAUUACAGAAUUAAUCAUCGACAAGCCAGAACGAAAGCUAAAGAAAGGCAGCGGUUUCCACCUAGACAUAGUAUUAAUUUGUCUACUAAACGUCGGAUGCGGCUUCAUCGGCGCUCCAUGGGUGUGCGUCGCGACCGUCCGAUCCGUCGCUCACGUCCAAGCCGUUACCGUCAUGUCCAGGACGCACGCGCCUGGCGAAAAGCCGCACAUCAUAGAAGUUAAGGAACAGCGAGUGUCCGCGUUCGUCGUUUCCCUACUCAUCGGUGUUUCUGUAUUGAUGUCACCCCUUCUUCGAUUGGUCCCGAUGUCAGUAUUAUUUGGAGUAUUCCUUUACAUGGGAGUCGCCUCCACCAACGGAAUACAAUUCUUCGAUAGGAUCAGGUUGUUCUUCAUGCCGCCGAAACAUCAUCCCGCUGCGUCCUACGUCAGAAAGGUAGGAUCCUUUUUUUUUACUUUUCUAAAUGUCGUCUACAGUACACGAUUUAUUUAAAU